GACUGACAGCGCGUUCAUGCCAUUCCACAGCUGACUGUACGCGUUCCCUUAUAGAGAGAGUAUCUCAGCACAGGAAUGUCCCUGCUCACUUACUGAUAAUCUUAUUUUGGAACACGGGGUGUGUCUUGUGUCUGCAAAAUGUACAGUGCCGUGCAUUGGUGACCUUUUUUUUUUUCAGCUGUCCUUUCUCCUUUUGUCCCUAAGUUUGACUUCAUCUUUUCCAUUGUGGUGGUGCCAUUGGAUCCCAUGUAAGGGCUGAAGUUCAGGGAACAAGGAAUGAACAGUUGAUGUUGGAAAGUAGCCCGUCCACAGAACAAGAAAAUGCAGACCACCGAUUUUGACAACGUGGAAAUUGAGCAGCAGUAUAGCUUGGUGAACUCCCGCUGGGAUGCAACAGAAGAUGACCUGGACAAUGAUAACAGUUCUGCUCGCAUGUUUGAGAGAUCAAGAAUUAAAGCCCUUGCAGAUGAACGUGAAGUUGUGCAAAAGAAGACGUUUACAAAAUGGGUGAACUCACAUCUGGCCUUUGUGAGCUGUCGUAUCUCUGAUCUCUACUUGGACCUAAGAGACGGAAGAAUGCUGUUAAAACUUCUAGAGGUGCUUUCAGGGGAGCAGCUGCCAAGAAGAACUAAAGGACGGAUGAGAAUCCACUGCUUAGAAAAUGUAGACAAAGCCCUUCAUUUCCUCAGAGAACAGAAAGUUCAUCUUGAAAAUAUUGGCCCCCAUGACAUUGUUAAUGGUAAUCACAGAUUAGUACUUGGACUCAUCUGGACCAUCAUAUUGCGAUUCCAGAUCCAAGGCAUUGUUGUGGAGACAAAAGACAGUGAGACCCUUUCUGCUAAAGAUGCUUUACUGCUCUGGUGCCAGAUGAAGACAGCAGGAUACCCAAAUGUCAAUGUCACCAACUUUACAUCCAGCUGGAAGGAUGGAUUGGCUUUUAAUGCCCUCAUCCACAGACACAGACCUGAGCUGAUCAACUUUGAGAAACUGAAGAAAUCAAACGCUAAAUAUAACUUGGAAAAUGCAUUUAACGUGGCCGAUAGACAACUGGGCAUAACUCAACUUCUAGAUCCUGAGGAUGUCUAUACUGAAAAUCCAGAUGAGAAAUCCAUUAUAACCUACGUGGUGGCAUUCUAUCAUUAUUUCUCCAAAAUGAAGGCUUUGGCUGUGGAAGGUAAAAGAAUUGGCAAGGUUCUGGAUAACGUUAUGGACACAGACAAGACGAUAUACGAAUAUGAAAGACUUACAUCAGAUCUACUGACGUGGAUUGAACAAACCAUCAUCGCUCUUACAAACUGGAAGUUUGCGAACUCUUUGCUGGGUGUUCAGCAACAGCUACAGUCAUUCAGUGCGUACAGAACCGUAGAAAAACCACCAAAAUUUAAAGAAAUGGGUGAACUUGAGGUGCUGCUGUUCUCUAUACAGUCCAGAAUGAGGGAGAAUAAACAGAAGGUGUAUGUACCCGCGAGGAUGGGCCAGCUUGUGUCUGACAUCAAUAGGGCAUGGGGUCAACUUGAAAAGGCAGAACUUGACCGUGAGACGGCCCUAAGGAAUGAGCUGAUUCGACAGGAAAAGCUGGAGCAGUUGGCCAAACGUCUAGAUCGCAAAGCAGCCAUGAGAGAAGCGUGGGUGGCUGAAAAUCAGCAUCUGAUCUCUCAGGAUAAUUUUGGUUGUGACUUGCCUUCGGUGGAAGCCUCCAUGAAGAAGCAUGAAGCUAUUCAGACAGACAUCUUUGCUUAUGAAGGGCGUAUUCAGUCGAUCGUCAAUGUAGCCAAAGAGCUGGAGAAUGAGAAUUAUCAUGAUGUGAAGAGGAUUAAUGCCAGAAAAGACAACAUUGUACGCCUCUGGGAAUAUCUCCUUGAGCGACUGCGUGAUAGGCGACAAAGACUGAACAUGAACCUGGAGCUUCAAGUUCUUUUCCAAGACAUGCUACAUACUGUGACGUGGAUGGAUGAAAUGAAGAAUGGGCUUCUAUCACCAGACUUUGGUAAACACCUGAACGAAGUGGAAUAUUUGCUUCAAAGACACCUAUUGACUGAAGCUGACAUUGCAGCUCAGGAGGAAAAAGUCAAGUCUUAUAAAACUGCCAUGCAGAAGUUUGUCACAGGAGACGGGUACAAGCCAUGUGAUCCACAACUGAUCAAAGACAGAGUGAACCAUCUAGAAUUGUGUUAUCAAGAUCUUGUGGCAUUGGCAGCACAUCGUAAGGCUCAACUAUUGCAGUGCAGACGAAUGUGGAAGUUUUUUGGAGAUAUGGAUGAGAUAGAAAGAUGGAUAAAGGAGAAAGAACACAUUUAUACUUCUAUGGACUUUGGAAAAGACCUCACCACCAUUUCUAUUCUACAGAGGAAACAUAAGGCUUUUGAAGAUGAACUCAAAGGCCUUGAAUCUAAUUUAGAACAAGCCAUCGCAGAUGGAGAGUUUUUAAUUGCCAAUAAGCAUCCAGAUACCCCUAAGAUCCAAGAACGUAUGAAUCAUGUUAAAGAAGAAUGGGCACAGCUUAAAGAGUUAGCAGCUUUCCGCCUCCAGGUGUUACGAGACACGGAAAACUUUUUCCAGUUUCAGGUUGAUGCUGAUGAUCUGGCUGUAAGGAUGCAGGAUUCCUACCGCAUCAUGCAAACAGAUGACAUUGGUCAGGAUGAAUACUCUACCAAUGCUCUGGUCAAGAAACAUAAAGAUCUUCUAGAUGGCAUCAUGUUAAACAGGAAGGUUUUGGAAGGUCUUAACCAACAAAUUCAAACCUUCCCGGAGGAAUACAGAACAUCCCCUGAGAUAGACAGCCGACUUCAAAAACUAAAGGCUCUCUACUCUGAUCUGGCGUCGCUCGCUGACGUGCGUUCCCAAAAACUUCAAGAUACUCUUGCAUAUUAUACAAUUCUUGGAGAAAUAGAUUCAUGUGAAAUGUGGAUGAAUGAGAAGGAGACGUGGCUGGAAAAGAUGGUGAUUCCUGAAUUCCUGGAGGACAUGGGGGUUGUUCAGCAUAGAUUUAAUACUCUAGGCCAAGAAAUGAAUGCAGUGGCUUCCCAGAUUGAAAAUGUAAAUAGUGCAUCUGAGGCUCUCUUUGAAAGCGGACAUCCCAACAGAAUGCAAGUGAAGCAAGGCCAAGACCACAUGAAUGCCAGAUGGGGAAAGUUUCAAGAGAUGGUGGCCAAUAAGAGAAAAGCUGUUGACUCUGCUCUUGGAAUCCACAACUAUGGCCUCGAGUGUGAAGAAACCCAGCACUGGAUACUGGAGAAGAUCAGGGUGGUUGAUUCCAUCCAGGACCUUGGAGAUGAUCUUACGGCGGUCAUGUCAAUUCAGAGGAAACUGUAUGGCAUCGAGAGAGACCUUGGAGCUAUUGAAAAUAAACUCAUAACUCUACAAGAAGAGGCGAAACAACUAGCAAAUGAAAAUCCUGACCAAGCUCAAAUUAUUUAUGACAGACUCAUUGGCAUCAACAAUACGUGGCAGGACUUACAGACCGCCCUGCAAAAUCAGGAGGACUCGCUUGGGGAAAGCAGUAAGUUGCAGAAGUUCUUGGUUGACUUAUUUGACUUUGAGACAUGGCUUUAUAGGGCACAACAGUCAACUGCUUCGGAGGAUACACCAACUUCCCUGGCAGAAGCAGAACAGCUGUACCAUAACCACCUGGCACUUAAAGAGGACAUGGAACAUCAUGAACCAGAUUUCCAUGAUCUUGUGGACACAGGCAACAAAGUAACAAGAGGACAAACUGACCCUCAGUACCAGCAGCUGGCACAAAGGGUAAAAGAUUUAGAGGUUGGAUGGAGCGACCUGCGCAAGAUGUGGAGCAACAGAGAACAUUUUCUAUCCCAAUGCCUUGAAUUCCAGAAAUUCUUGAAAGAUGUGAAGCAAUCUGAAGCCAUUUUAAGCAAUCAGGAGUACACGUUUUCUCACACUGAGCUACCAAAUACUUUACAAGCAUCACAGAACAGAUUGAAGAAACAUGAAGACUUUUUGACCACCAUGGAAAAUAAUGAAGAAAAGAUUGUUGGAACCAUAAAUAACGCUGGGAAACUGGACAACGAUAAAAACAUUUUUGCUGAUAAAGCUGUGGAGAAGGCAGGCUUGCUGCGUGAUAGGUACGCUGUAAAUGUGAAUAAGGCGAAACAAGUCUCAGCGCUGUUGCAGGAUCAUGUUGAUCUCCAGGAUUUUGUGGAAGACUGUGAUGAGUUUACCUUGUGGAUAAAUGAAAAAAUGCUGACUGCUCGGGAUACAUCAUACGAGGAAGCUCGCAAUCUGCACAGCAAAUGGUUAAAACACCAAGCAUUUAAAGCUGAAAUUGAUUCCAACAAAGACAGACUGGAGAAGAUUCACCAGAAAGGACAACACUUGGCCCAGGAAAAACCACAGUUUGCACCAACAGUCUCUGACAAGCUCAGCACUUUGCAUGACCAGUGGAAUGAGCUUGAAUCUACUACUCAGAAGAAGGAGCAGACCCUGUUUGAUGCCCACCGCUCUGAGCUGCAUGAACAAAGGUUUGCAGACAUAGCGACAUGGAUACAUGACAUAGAGGUACAGGUGGCAUCAGAUGACUACGGAAAAGACUUGACAAGUGUUAACAUUCUUCUCAACAAGCAUAAGAGAAUCGAAGAUCACAUUAACCAAAAGACUAAAGAAAUGGGUAAAGUCCUUCCAGAUGUGCCGUCACUUGCAGAAGACGAGGUCCUUGGUGAAAAGGAGCAGAAAAUUAAAGUACACUUUCUACAACUUCAAGAGCCACUGCAAGACAGGAAGAGAAGACUACAGUCUUCAAAGCAGGUCCACCAGCUACAACGGGACCUGGCAGAUGAAAUUCUCUGGGUUGAAGAAAGAAUGCCACUUGCAGAGUCGAAAGAUUAUGGCAAUAAUCUUCAAAUGGUGCAGAUGCUAAUGAAAAAGAAUCAGACUUUGCAGAAAGAAAUAGCAGGUCAUGGUCCGAGAGUUGAUGAUGUUAUUAGAAGAGCUGAGGCUAUGGAAGGUGAACCUAAUGUUGAUCCUGAACUUAUCAAAAAGCAGCACCAAUCGCUGCAAGAACAAUGGGAUCGAUUGCAGACGGCAACAAUCAAUAGGCAGAAGGCCCUUAACCAGGCAAAUAAAGCCCAGCAGUAUUAUAUGGAUGCCAAUGAAGCAGGCGCAUGGAUCGACGAACAGCAUCUGUAUUUGAUGGGCGACGAAAAGCCAAAGGAUGAAGAAACUGUAGUUCUAAUGUUGAAGAAACAUCUGAUUUUGCAGCAAGGAGUAGAGCAAUAUGGAAAAAAUAUCAAAGAUUUGGCCGAGCAAUCUCAGAAACUCCUGGCGUUAGAGCAUCCUGAUGGUGAACAAAUAAUAAGAUACCAGGACAAUCUGGAGAAACAGUACGCCGCACUAAGGGACAGAGCAGAUGAGCAGAGACAGAAACUGGACAACCAUUAUCACAUGUUUCAGCUGAAGCGCGAAGUAGAAGACUUGGAGCAAUGGAUUGCAGAGAGGGACAUCAAAGCCUCAUCCCAGGAGAUGGGUCAGAAUUUAGAUCAUGUUACUAUACUUCGAGACAAAUUCCGUGACUUUGCAAAAGAGACGGGAGCAAUUGGACAGGAACGUAUAGACAAUGUGAAUAUUUUAAUUGAAGAAAUGAUCGAUGCUGGUCAUUCUGAAGCUGCGACUAUUGCCGAAUGGAAGGACAACCUCAACGAGAGCUGGGCAGAUCUACUGGAGCUGAUUGACACCCGUGUUCAGCUCUUGUCUUCAUCUUAUGACCUACACAAAUACUUCUAUGAUGGAACAGAGAUACUAAGCAUGAUUGACGAAAAGCACAAGGAGUUACCUGAGGAGCUGGGAGGAGAUGUACACACUGCGCAGACAUUGCACAGAGUACACACUGACUUUGAACGUGGCAUCCAUUUUAUUGGCUCACAGGUCCAGGGUUUUCAACAGACAGCAACGCGUCUAUAUGCAGCCUAUGCAGGCGAUCAAGCUAUGGAGAUACAGACAAAAGAGAGGGAGGUGACAGAGGCCUGGAAAGCCCUCCUGGACGCCUGUGACGGGCGCCGUACAGAACUCAGCAGUGCAGCUGAGAAGUUUCAUUUCUUCAGCAUGGUUCGCAAUUUAAUGCUCUGGAUGGAAAGUAUUAUUAGACAGAUUGAAACCCAGGAGAAGCCGAGAGAUGUGUCGUCGGUUGAGUUCCUAAUAAAAUACCACCAGGAACUGAGGGCUGAAAUUGAAGCCAGAAACGCGACUUAUAGCAGCUGUGUUGAGCUAGGUGAAACCCUUCUGGCUCGUAAUCACCCAGAUUCAGAAGAGAUAAAGGAGAAGCUUGGAGAACUGGCUGAGAGAAGGGCCGAGAUGAUGGAGAAAUGGGACAAGCGAUGGGAAUGGCUCAAUGUUUUGUUGGAAGUUUGUCAGUUUGCGAGAGAUGCCUCCAUGGCAGAAGCCUGGUUAAUAGCAAAGGAACCUUACUUGUAUACCACGCAUGUCGGAAACAGUGUUGAUGACGUGGAGAAGUUAUUAAAAAAGCAUGAGGCCUUCGAGAAGUCCACAGCAACAUGGGAAGAAAGAUUUGCAGCGCUUGAAAGGUUGACUACGUUGGAAUUGCUGGAAAUUCGGAAAUAUCAGGAAGCCACGAUGCAACAAAUGGCUCUGGCAGCUGAUGUCCAAACGAGAGAAGUCCAGGCAGAAAUUCAUGUUCAACCAAAAGAAGAGAGAGAGUAUUUACAGCCAGCCUCUAGCCAAGCAGAGGAGGAACCAGAAGAGGUAAAAGAGGUGAUAAAACAUGAACUGCCGAGCAAACAGAUUAUAGAAGAGACACAAGUGACAUUACAAGAGUGGAAAUCCACAAAAGAUGAGCAAGAAAGCGUAUUUACAGGGCAGACAGAUUACAGCGUAUUACACCCAACGGUGAUCGUAACAGAAGAGGUUACCACUCUUCCAGCAGGUCUGUCCAGUUCUGUCAGUGUGGAAAUGCAAGGAUACUUACUCAGGAAGCACGAGCUGGAAGGACCACUCAAGAAGGCACAAAACAGGUCCUGGAACAAUGUCUUCUGUGUGCUAAAGGAUAAUGACUUAUUUUUUUACAAAGAUCUCAAGAGUUUUUCCCUGAAUGAAACUUUACAAGGUGAAGAACCACUUUGCCUGGGCAGUGCGGCUUGUGAACUAGUGGCGGACUAUAAGAAGAAAAAACAUGUUUUCAGACUAAGGCUGAAUGAUGGCAAUGAGUGGCUCUUGCAAGGAAAAGAUGAGGCUGAUCGUCAAACCUGGAUUGACGUUCUCAGGGCAUCAAUUACUGAGACAUCCGAUCAAAAACCAAAGUCUAAAAGUCUGCCUCUUCCUUCCACAUCUGGCACAGAGGGCAAAUCGGAGAAAAAGGAAAAAAGAUUCAGUCUCUUCCCAUCCAAAAAAUAGUAUUUAAGGAACCCAAACUAUGUACUGACUAAUUUCUAACAAGAAACCGUCUGAGCACUACAGUUCCUGGGAAGAGGUCCGCUCGUACCCGCAUCUAUGACCUCCUGAAGACACACCAUAUCCUAUGGAUCCACAUCUACAUACAACAGAAGCCCCCAUGUUUUGGACCAAACCAAUAGCACAUCAUUUACUAGAAACCACACAUUGCCACUAGUAAAUUGAUUGAUUGGUUCAGUCCAUGGUGGAGUAUAGACGAGCACCAUUAUCAAUACAGGCAGUUAAACAAAUGGUCCUCCUGUUAAUACUUUACAAGAAUAUAUAUUUUCUCAUCUUGUCUGCAGUAUGAAAUUGCUUUUCUUAGUUUGCAUGUCUCACAGAAGCUUUGCUCAAAUGUUAUUUUCUUGGUCAUGACAUUUUGCCACCAAAUGAAUGUUACUUGAUUUGGCCAGCAGGUGGAGCUCUUGCAUGCAGGGUGUACUGGAUCCUGUAGCUGCCCUUUGCUGUCUGGUUCACCUGCAGUUACCCCUGAGCAGUCCGUCUUAAGCAUACUGGACUAUAUUGGAUGAAAUAUUGCUAUUUAAUCUAUUGGAGGAAAGAUUAGGCUCAGGAAGUCACUGCACUUAGGUCAGUAGUAGCCAUAUUCCAAUCAGGUUUGCAAACAACCAACCAUGGCCACAUUCUUUGUAUUUAUUGCUACCUGUCAUAGUGACGUUAAGUGAAGAUUUAUUAGUUACUCCUAAAUACCACCAUUUAUUAGUUACUCCUAACUCCACUCAAACCCGAAAAAAUUUUAGUUACCCUCAAUAUCGCAUUCCUCAUCUGCCACAGUUGAAAGGUUCCAGGAAGCUGAGAUAUGGAGAGAUGUUUGACAAGGUUUCGGGCAGUCGUAGAGAUAGCCAGACUGACAAGGUCCUCUUCAGAGUUAAGGAGUCAUUGUAUCCUGGGUU